UUAUUUCUUCAACUUCACUUAGCUCACAAAGCUGCCUGUAUAGCCUGGGAUGCAAAGGCUUGACUGUAGUUACUGGGCACUCUUCAGGGCCUCUUCAUUGGUGAUCAAAGAUGUACCGACCUGUUGUGCCUGUUAGAAAAAGAAGCUGUUUAGAGCCAUGGGUUAUUGGCUUAAUCACCUUUAUAUCCCUGAUUGUUCUGGCAGUGUGCAUUGGACUCAUCGUUCAUUAUGUGAGAUAUAAUACCCUGAAGCCCUACAAUUAUUAUAGCACCUUGUCAUUCACUAGUGACAAAUACUACCAUGAGUUUGAUAAAGAAGCUACAACAAACUUCACAGAAAUGAGUCAGAGGAUAGAAUCAAUCGUUAAAAGUGCAUUUUAUGAUUCCAUUUUAAGGAAACAAUUCAUCAAGUCCCAGGUCAUCAAAUUCAGUCCCCAGGAGCCUGGCGUGGUGGCCCACAUGCUGAUGAUUUUUCGAUUCCCCUCUACACAGACACCUGAAUCCAUUAAAAAAACAAUUCAACGUGUGCUGCACGAGAAACUCCAACAUGCUACUGGCCCCCCCCAAGUAGAUCCUUCGUCAGUUGUGAUCACAAAUAUCAACAAGACAGAAACGGACCAGUAUCUGAAUAGCUGUUGUGGGACACGGAGGGGCAUGAGCUCUGGCACAAGUCUCAGGAUAGUUGGGGGAGAAGAAGUAGAGCAGGAAGGCGAAUGGCCCUGGCAGGCCAGUCUGCGGUGGAAUGGGGAACAUCGUUGUGGGGCGACCUUAAUCAAUGCCACCUGGCUUGUCAGUGCUGCUCACUGCUUCAGAAAUUAUAAGGACCCAGCCAAAUGGACUGUUUCUUUUGGUGUGACACUAAGGCCCCCCAAGGAGAGGCGAGGCAUCAGGAGGAUUAUUGUUCAUGAAAACUACAAGUAUCCAUCCCAUGAAUAUGACAUUGCGGUUCUGCAGCUUGAUAGGCCUGUACCUUACACAAAUGCUGUGCAUCGAGUGUGUCUCCCAGAUGCUUCUUAUAAGGUCAAGGCGGGGGAUGCGGCUUACGUCACAGGAUUUGGAGCAAUGAGAAAUGAUGGUACCAGUGUAAAUAAUCUUCGGCAAGUAAAAGUGAACAUUAUAGACACUAAAAUAUGCAACGAGCCACAAAUUUAUAACAAUGAUAUUACUGCUGGAAUGAUAUGUGCUGGCUUUUUGACAGGAGGAAAAGAUGCCUGCCAGGGUGAUUCUGGUGGACCUCUGGUCAGUCCAAAUUCUAGAGAAAUCUGGUAUCUUAUUGGUAUAGUGAGCUGGGGUGAUGAAUGUGCCCAACGGAACAAGCCGGGUGUCUAUACUCUCGUGCCUUUCUUUCGUGAAUGGAUUGCAUCCAAAACGGGUGUCUAAGAAAGAAGUGGUUUGUAAAGUGAAAUGCAAGUUACAUAUAAGCCAUAUUCAUACCAAACAGCCUGCAUGUAUUAAUUGUGCUUUCCUUAUAAUACUUUUGUCUUUGAGAUUUGGAUGACCAUGAAUCAUCUCAAGUGAAUAUCAACAAUGUGAAAAAAGUAUUUCUAUUCAUUCUCACAGAUUGUUGAAAUUACUGACUUUGUAAAGAGCAGUGAGCAAUGUAAAAUGAAAAUUAAACCAAAAUGUUUUUUUGUUUUAAAAAUAAAUUUAUAUAUAUACAGA